AUGACUAAACAUAAAUCAAAGUCACCAAUCAAUCGAUUGGAUAAAGAGAAACAACAACAACAACAUCAGAGUGUUCCAAUAAGACAUAUAGCAAGUUCUACAGGAGUACGAUCACGAUCUGGAUCAACCUCAACAUCAUUAUCAUCAUCCCGAUCCCAUAACAAAUCAAUUGUGAAUUAUUUGUUUGGUAGUAGACGAAGAUCUAUUGAUUUAUCACUGACUGCGAAUAGUAAUGGUAGUAGUGGUCGUAGUACCAAGCUAACUAAGAAUGAAAGUAGCAGCACUAAUAGUAAUAGUAGUAAUAACACUACCAGGAAUAAAAGACGAUUGACAUCGUUAUAUAAUCUUUUAUUAAUGGAAAUGAAUUUACAAUCAACAUCUAAUCAACUGGAAUGGAUAGAUGAAGAAGAACCAAAAGGGUUAAUUGAAGAUAGUAAUUCAUUUGAAGAAUUACAAAAUAUGAUAAAGAUUCCUUAUUAUUUAGAAAAAUUUAUGAUAUUUGGAUUAUUAGUAUGUUUUAAUUCAUUCUUAACCUUAUUUACAUUGGCACCAUUAAAGAUAUUGAUUGUAAGUUGUCAAUCAAUUUAUAGUCAUUUAUUAACCAAGAAAACUCCCCAUCUUAGAUUAAUCAAAAGAGAUGUAGUUACAAUAACAAUAAUUAUAAUAUCAAUCUAUAUUUUAUCAACAACUUCAAGAUUAGAUAUUUCAAGAAUGUAUCAUGAUGUUAGAGGUCAAACCGAUAUAAAAUUAUAUGUAACGUUUGGAGUAUUAGAAGUUGCUGAGAAAUUAUGUUCAUCAAUUGGUCAAGAUAUUCUUAAUAUCUUAUAUCAAACAUCACCAACUGAUGAAUAUACAAGAUUUAUUGGAUUUUAUAUAAUUGCAAUAUUUUAUUUAUCAUUCCAUGCAUAUAUCUUAAUUUAUCAAACAGUAUCAUUAAAUGUUGCUGCUAAUUCAUAUUCAAAUGCUUUAAUGACAUUACUCCUAUCAAAUCAGUUUUCAGAAUUAAAAGGAUCAGUAUUUAAGAAAUUCGAUAGAGAAGGAUUAUUUCAAAUAACAAUGGCAGAUUUAUCAGAAAGAUUUCAAUUAUCAUUAAUGUUAGGGAUAAUUGCUCUUAGAAAUAUUUUCCAAUUAAGUGGAAGUGGGAAACAAAUUGGUUUAAUCCCAAAUAGUUGGCAAAGUUGGAAUACUUGGUUUGGUGUUAUGUUUGGUCCUGUGAUUGUUGUUAUUGGAAGUGAAAUAUUUGUGGAUUGGUUAAAACAUUGUUAUAUUUCAAAAUUUAAUAAAUUUAAACCAAAGAUAUAUCGAAAUUUCAUAUAUGUAUCGUGUUUGGAUUUCUUGGAAGUAUUUCAACCAAAAGUUAAUCGAGAAUUUACUGAUUAUAUUGUAUUGACAAGAAGAAUUGGAUUACCGUUAUUGGCUUCAGUGGUUUGUUUUUUGAGAAUGACAUUACCCGAUUUGACGAGAGUUUUUACUUUCCCCGUAACAGUUUCGAAUUCUAAAGUUCUGGCAGUUUUGGCAAGUGUAUGUCUUAUUGCUACAACUUUCUUGACAUUGCUUUUGAUAAGAGUUAUAUUGGGACUUGUAAUUUUUAAAAUGGCUAAUUAUUAUGUUGUAAGGCAUAAGAAAUAUCAAGAUCAGAUUAUAAAAUCAAUCGCUAACACCACUAGCACUACUUCAACCGCCACAGCAGUUGCCAGUCCCCAACCAAAAUCUAAACUCACCAUGAAACUAGAAUCCGUAGCUGCCAGCUCCAGCAGAAACUCAUUCCCAAAUAUCAGAACUCCCUCCCCCACACCCGGUCCCGAAGAAGACUUUUCAUCACCCUGUUCAUCCAUCCACACUUCAUUCCUUAGAGGAUCUCCAAAUACCGAGCCAUCAACCAUCAAUCCAAAAACAAGAGCCCAUCUAUAUGACCCUGACGAAAAGAUCCCGCCCACAAUUGAACAAAGAAGAAAUAAACAAUUGAUGAAAGGUCCAUUUAAUAAAUUAGAACAAGAUAAUGGUGAUGAGGGAUUAUCAAAAGUAAUGCGAUACAAGAUGGCAAGUAAAAAAAUAUGGUAA